CUAUUACAAGUGAUGGAGUAUAUACCAUAAACCAACAGCUUUCUCUACAAUAACUGACUUAAGUCAUUGUGUGCGCCACAAGCGCAACACCAGCCCUUGCUAAAAUAAAUGACUAUAGUAAUACAGGCACAUUUACCUUACAAAGCCUUCAUGUAAACGCUGCAGGCCAUAUUGCUUGUCAGCUGCAACUGUCGCUCAACCGGGUCCAUCGGCCUGCAGGCCUUGAUAAUACGCAUCAGCGCGUGAUGAGUCACAUCAAGUAGUUUUAUCUCCGAAUCGGUCGCUCCACGAGUUUGUCAUGAAAGCUGCUGCUAAUUUUACGCUUGACGAGAAUGAGCGCUCCUACUUUGACUUCUUCUCGGCAAUACUGUUGUUCGUGACAGCGCUGGGAGGAGCCUGGCUGCCCAAGUACCUCUGCUCCCAUGGGGCAUCUGACACUCUGUCCUCCUCGUCGUUUGGCCUGGCGUUUCACCUAGGCAACAUGCUCAGCGCGGGAGUAAUGCUGUCUGCCGGCUUCUGCCAUCUGCUCGCGGACGCGCACCGCCACAUCCUGUUCGCGGGCCGCUUCCCGCUCGCCAACUUCCUGGCCGCGUGCGGGUACAUAAUCACGCUGGUGGCGGACCAGGUGGUGCAAGCUGUCUCCGAAGCCAACGCCGCCAGCAGCAGCGUCGUUGCCGGGGGCGGGGCCGGCGAGUAUCGCAAGCUGCCGGCGGCGGAGCUGACGUCAGCGCUCGCGCGCAGCAACACCGAUACCGGCCUCACCACGGCUGUGCACCGUGAGGGCCACCACCACCAUCGCGGCAGCAACGGCUCGACGAUGGGGUCUGGGGACCCAGAGGCGGGCGAGAUGUCACACAGCCGCUCGAGCGGCGCGCUGAAUGGAGCCGUGGGCGGAGGCGGGGCCGGAGUCAGCGGCGCCGGGGGAGCGGGCAGUAGCGUCAAGCAGCCGCUGCUGGCGGACUUACGGAGCGGGGCUGGGGACCGGGAUUCCCGAGACGACGGGGCUGGUCGUAUGCACAGCGUCACGGCCGCGACGAAGGGCGUGGAGGACUGCCACGUGGGCGGUGUGGCUGUGCUGCUGGGCGCGGGCGGCCGCAAGCUGUCGUUCGCCACUGCUGUGCUGCUGGCGGCGGCGCUGUGCAUCCACUCCAUACUGGAGGGCAUGGCGCUGGGGGCGCAGGUGAGCAUGCGCAGCACGGAGGACAUCAUGAUGGCCAUCGCCGCGCACAAGGGACUGGCGGCCUACGCGCUGGGGGCCAGCAUCGUGGAGAGCGGAGCCAGCAGCACACGCUUCUGGACGGUGAUCGGCCUGUUCGCUGCCGCCACGCCACUGGGCAUCCUGAUGGGCUACGGCCUCAGCAGCUCCGCCAACUCCAAGCCGGGCGCGGCCCUGUCGGCGCUGGCCUCCGGCACCUUCCUGUACGUGGCGUUCAUGGAGGUCAUCCCCAAGGAGCUGGCAGACGGCAAGAACCGGCUGCUAAAGAUGGGCGUGUUCCUGCUUGGAUACGGCCUCAUGAGCCUGCUGGCCGUUUGGGCGUGAGCGGCGACAGCGGCAGGAGGAGAAGUAGCAGCAGGAACACCCAUCGCAGGAGCAGCAGCUGCAGGAGCGACAGGAGCAAGAGUAGGUGCGGCUGUGGGGCAUUCACUGCACAGUAUUCACCUUGGGAGGAGGCGUGACGGGGAGUUGUGAGGCGAGGCGCCUGGCGACGGUCAGCACGGGUACCGUGGGUACCGGUUGUGGAUGAUGAGAUCUGCUCGGGAAGAUGUACCUCUGGAAGUUGUAGGAUGUGGCGUUGCGGCAUGCGGGGUAAAUGGGUGAUGUUUGUGAAAGGCUUGGUGGCGUAUGAGUCGUGGCAGUAUUGUCGUGUGUUGCGGCGGUGCGGUCUGCCCGGCGGCUGGGUACGUUUUUGCGCCUGUCCGCGGCCCUCGUCGCGAGAGGCGCCCUGGACUGGCGUUGUGUGGGGACGCUCCGCAACAGCACCAGCACCGGCAGACUUGCUGGGCACUAAACUGUCAGCGGGCAGCAGACGCAAGAGUCUUGUCAUGUGCAACUGAGCGGCAGCAUGAAACCGUGUGGGCACACAUGUAACCGUUUUGGAAG